AUGCCGACCAAGGUUCAAGGAUUCUCGAUCGUCCUCGCCCUCGGGGCGGUCCUGUACCAGUUUUUCGUCAAAGACGUUCUAUUCCGAACGAUAGGACUGGGUCGAACAGUCUUGCCUGUCUCUUCGUUCCCUUACCAAUGCCGUCGGAUUCUGGGAGAUCCAAAUAUCCAGGCAUGCGAAGACAUGUGGUUGGACGAGAAUUCGAGGACGUUGUACCUUGCCUGCUCAGACCCGGCCGCCCGGAGAGAGUGGAUGCCCAACGUCCAUCGGCUCAACGUAUCCGGACGUGCCCUAAACGAUCACGUUGUCGCCAUGGACAUUGACAGCCCCAGCACUUCGGGUGGGUAUACCUAUCGAGUCCUCCACACUCCAGGCUUUCCUGGCGUCAAUGGCGACGGCCGUAUCCACGUCGUGGGCAUUACUGGGGUUGCGUCUUCAGCAGAGUCGGACGCCCAGCUGUGGCUCGUCAACGACCGGCCUUCUGUGGACGCGACCACCGGUGACUUUCUAGACCAGGAGGUCGUCGGUGCCAAUGCGACAAUCGACGUGUUUGCGACCAAACCAGGUGCAGAUAGUAUGGAACACAUCAAGACAUAUGCCGAUCCACAAAUCGCAACGCCGAACAACAUCGCCGUGACCAAGGAUGGCGGUUUCUUCUUUACGAAUGACCACGGCCCCCACAAGGUCGGCUGGGGGCACCGUCUCUCAUCUAUUCUCGGGACUGGCGACGUCUCGUACUGUUCGGGGACAGGGGAUUGUAGACAAGUAGCAUCUGGCUUCAAGUUUCCCAACGGUUUGCACCUCGGCCGUGACGGGUUGCUGUACGUCCCCAGCGCUGUAAAGGGAGAUGUCACCGUGUUCAAGCCUGGGGCCGACGGGUCCGUGACAAAGGUGCACUAUGUCCAGCUCGACUAUCCCAUCGACAACUUGUCCGAAGACGCGAACGGCGAUAUCUUUGCAGCCACGAUGCCCAAGUGUCUCGCGACGCUCGCGGCGUUCAAUGACCCGUUGAACGCACCGACUGCUCCCGCCACGGUCUGGCGCAUAAGACGACUCAAUCGAGACGUGCCUGGUACAUACGAGUAUCAGUUAGACAAGAUCAUCGAGGACGCCGCGGGGGAGAAGUUGCCCGUUAUGACCACGGUCAUUCAUGAUGCGAAGACUGGGACACUGUUCAUGAGUGGUAAGUAA